AUGUCAUUUGAUAGACCUGAAAUAUUCAGUGCACCAGUUUUACAAGGCUCAUCUCCUAAUGAUGAUGACAAUACUGAAGUUAUUAAAUCAUUCAAAAAUUUCAUAUUAGAGUUUAGAUUUGAUUCACAUUUUCUAUACAGAGAUCAAUUGAGAAAUGCUCUAUUAGUUAAAAACUAUUCAUUGACUGUAGAUAUCGAACAUCUAAUUAGUUACAAUGAAGAUUUAUACAAAAAAUUAUCAAAUGAACCAACCGAUGUUAUUCCAUUAUUCGAAAGAGCCAUUACUGAUGUCGCAAAAAGAAUUGCGAUUUUGAAUAGAUCUACCGCUGAUGUAAAUCCAGACAUUGGUGCUGCAACUGAUGUUGCUGAUAUUAAAUUCCCGAAUUUCCAACUAAUUUUGAAUUCUAAAGCAAAUCAAACACUUCUGAGAGAUUUGGAUUCACAACACGUUUCUAAAAUCGUGCGUUUAUCUGGUAUUAUCAUUUCUGCAUCUGUUUUAUCCUCUCGUGCAACAUACCUAUCUUUAAUGUGCCGUAAUUGUAGACAUACUACAUCAAUAAAAAUCAACAAUUUUAAUACUAUCAAUUCAAGUAGUAAUGUUUCACUACCACACUCAUGUUUGUCCUCUUUGAAUACUGAAGAUGAUCCAAGUGGCACUACACCAAAAAAUUGUGGUCCAGAUCCGUAUAUUAUUAUUCAUGAAAAUUCUCAAUUUAUUGAUCAACAAUUUUUAAAGUUACAAGAGGUACCAGAAUCAGUUCCUGUAGGUGAAAUGCCACGUAAUAUUUUAAUGACUUGUGAUCGUUAUUUAACAAAUAGAGUUGUACCAGGUACUCGUGUUACCGCAGUUGGUAUUUACUCAAUUUAUCAAUCUAAAAAAAACGCUAGAAGUGCUGGUGGUAACAGUGGGUCGGCGGUCGCAAUCAGAAAUCCGUACAUAAAAGUUCUAGGUAUCCAAACAGACAUAGCAACAGCUGCAAGUAUAAAUGGAAGUGCCAUGUCAAUGUUUUCAGAAGAAGAAGAAGAAGAAUUUUUACAGUUAAGUAGAAGACCAGAUAUUUAUGAGUUAUUUACAAAUUCCAUUGCUCCAUCUAUCUAUGGUAAUAUCGAUAUUAAACGUGCUAUCGUUUGUUUGCUUAUGGGGGGUUCUAAGAAGCUUCUUCCUGAUGGUAUGAGACUAAGAGGUGAUAUAAAUGUCUUACUUUUAGGUGAUCCCGGUACCGCUAAAUCUCAAUUAUUAAAAUUUGUGGAGAAAGUUUCACCUAUUGCUGUGUAUACAUCAGGUAAAGGUUCAUCUGCUGCAGGUUUAACCGCAUCUGUUCAAAGAGAUCCUGCUACCCGUGAAUUUUAUCUAGAAGGUGGUGCUAUGGUCUUAGCAGAUGGUGGUGUGGUCUGUAUUGAUGAAUUCGAUAAAAUGAGAGAUGAAGAUCGUGUUGCUAUUCACGAAGCCAUGGAACAACAAACAAUUUCUGUUGCCAAAGCUGGUAUUACCACGGUUUUAAAUUCCAGAACCAGUGUCUUAGCCGCUGCUAAUCCAAUUUAUGGUCGUUAUGAUGAUUUAAAAUCUCCAGGUGAAAAUAUUGAUUUCCAAACUACCAUCUUGUCUCGUUUUGAUAUGAUUUUUAUUGUUAAGGAUGAUCAUAACGAAGAACGUGAUAUUUCAAUCGCUAACCAUGUUAUUAACAUCCAUACAGGUCGUGCAGCUCAAAAUGACCAAGACUCAGAAAACUCAAAAAAUGAACUACCGAUGGAAAAGAUGAAACGUUAUAUCACAUACUGUAGACUGAAAUGUGCACCAAGACUUACUCCUGAAGCUUCUGAUAGACUAUCCUCGCACUUCGUUGAAAUCAGAAAACAACUGUUAAUCAACGAAUUGGAAUCUACAGAAAGAUCGUCCAUUCCUAUUACUAUCCGUCAAUUAGAAGCCAUUAUUCGUAUCACCGAGUCUCUGGCUAAAUUGGAAUUAUCACCAGUUGCUGAAGUCAGACAUGUCGAAGAGUCUAUUAGAUUGUUUCAAGCUUCUACAAUGGAUGCUGCUUCUCAAGAUCCAAUUGGUGGGUUAAACCAAGGUAACUCUGGUAUCUUUACUGAAAUUCGACGUAUUGAGCAAGAACUUAAGAGAAGAUUACCAAUCGGCUGGUCCACUUCUUACACAACAUUAAAGAGAGAAUUUGUAGAUUCAAAUAAAUACUCACAAGCUGCAUUAGAUAAAGCCUUAUAUGUGCUUGAGAAACACGAUACAAUCCAAUUAAGGUAUCAAGGUCAAAACAUUUACAGAAAUGGUGUUUAG